AUGGUGCUGCAGCCCGUCCUCCGAGCACCAGUCCUCCGGGGCCCCUUCCCCCGCCCCGCUCUCCCUCUCCGGGGCGCAGAUGCUCCCCGUGCCCGGUCCUCCCCGGUCCUCCCCGGUCCACCCUCUCCCCGGAGCGCAGACCCGGUGCCGAUCAUCUCCACCGCCGCGGCAGGAGCAGGAGCAGGAGCGGUAACGCCAUGGCGGUUUGGGGACGCGGAGAGCAGUUCGUAUGAGGUUUGGACUCGGGGGACCUGGUGGUGCGACACGAUGGUGAUCGACAGCCCCAUGCUGGACGACGGGAGCGGCGACCGUCCUCCGAGCCGCCUGUGCUCCGUGUGCGGGUGCAGCUUCAGCCCUGAGCCCGAACCUGACCCCGCCCACGACCCCGCCCGCUGCCCGUCCUGCGAGCGCGGGGGCGGCGGCGACGGCGGCAGGCGACCGAAACGCCGCGCCCGUCUGGACCCUCACUCCUGCCACGUUUGCCACAAGACGUUCAUCUCCUCCGCCCACCUCACGCUGCACCUCGCCACCCACAACAAAGAGAGGAGGUUCCGCUGCGGCGUCUGCGGGAAACACUUCAAGCAAAAGUCCCACCUGGAGGCGCACAGACUCAUCCACACCGGCGAGCGCCCGUUUAAAUGCCCCGAGUGCGGCAAGUGCUUCGGCCGCGCGGCGCACCUCAAAACCCACCGCAGGAUCCACUCUGGAGAGAAGCCCUUCCAGUGCUCCGUCUGCGGCAAGUCUUUCACGCAGAAGUCGGGUUUGAUGGCGCACAUCCAGCGGCACGCCAACAAGAGGCCGCCGGCGCCGUGCCACGCCCAGAGACCGCAGCCCUCGAGCGGCCCGGACGAUCUCAAGUGCGGGGUCUGCUGCCGGAUGUUCGUCAGAUCCUCCUACUACAGACUGAGGAAGAGGCUGCGCAGAGGCUACAGGCCGUACCACUGCAGGGUCUGCAACAAGACUUUUGCCAAACUGGAGUCCUUCGGGAACCACUGCGACAAACACCUCCGGCUCAAGAAGGAGAAAAAAGAGGAGAAGGAAAAGAAAGAGGAGGUGGAGACGGAGGAGAGGGCGGCGUCUCUUUCUCCCGAGUCCUUCUCCGGUGAGUCUGAGGCGGAGAUCCACAGCAGCCCCAAAGCCAAGGCCAAAAUUAAACCCGAGUCAUGAGGGAAAAAACGGAAAAUGUCCAAAUAAAUAAAGCGUGUAAACCUGUUGGGGGCGCCGCACCCACCACGUCUGACACUUGAUUUGUGAUUUAUGAAGGAACUUUGGAGAUUCAAGGACUUGGAAAAAAGAAAAAGUCUCAAAGGUGCUUCAAGAAAUGUGAUACUACUACUACUACUACUAGUAGUACUACUAGCUACUAC